GAGUACUACGCCAGCUCAAUUCGAUCAGAAAGAAACACCGAACUUGCCGUCAAUUUUCCUCCGUGCUGCUUAUAUCAGAAUUCGGAGGUCCGUUAUUCCAUUCUUUUACUCUCACAAGAAAUACAUCGAUCGUCAAGGGAGAACGUCUCCGCAGCGUAAAACUAUCUCCCCGCAUACAGCACACACAGACACACAUUAAGGCACUCAAAAACGAAGUCAAAUCAUCUAUAUAAAGAAAAUUAUUCUUUCCUAGAUUAAGUACGUUACUGUUGUACGGACGCUGUGCGGCUCGUCUCGGUAGUGUUCUCCUUUCAUCACUCACGUACAUCUAUUCUUUAGCCAUACCCACCGCAGACAAAGCUCUCCUCAGUCUACUGCUCCUACGCACACCUUAACGCAGCUUCACCGCUCCUCUACUCUUCACUCAUCACUCUUUUCCCGCUGGACUACGUGAGCACCACAACAGAGGGUAUUUCUUCACGUCCUGCAAUCCGGUUCUCGCUCUUGUGCUUUUGUUUUUACUGUCUUUGAAGCAUUUAUUUUGUUUAUAUAUAUUUCUUCUCUUCCUCCCCAAAGAUCCAUGGCCGACGCGGUCCAGCUUGCCAGGCGCGUGCUGGUGGCGGAUGGCCAGCCCUUCGUGACGCUGUCCCUCGCGGAGGGCCUUCCACCUGUCACGGAGGAGACCGCCGUAUCGGAUGCGCGGCGCAAUUACAUGCGACUUGCCGGCGUCAUCCACCCUGAUCGCCUGCAGGGCAGCUUUGACAAGGCGACGGAGGCGUUCCAGUGCCUUGUUCGCGCGUUUGAGUGCUUUGCCGACCCGAAGGCGCGCAAGAAGGCGGCCACGUCGGCAGCGAAGAAGGCAUCCGCUGUUGUUGCGGCUGCUGCCCGCCCCACGUCACCCGGCAAGAAGACACGGACGAAGAAGGCGAGGAAGCCACCCAAGAAGCAGCAGCAGAAGAGGGAAACGCCUGAAAGUGACGAAGAGGAGGAGGGGUCGGAGGCGGCGUCAGAGGAGGAGGUCUCCGCCGCGGAGGAAGAGGCGUGGGAGGAGUGGGCGGCUGCCGACACGGAGCCGGAGGUGUCCACCAACCGCACCCCGAUUGGUCAGCCACGAGUGGGCGACCUGUACCGGCAGACCACCAUUGGCUGCCCCAAGUGCCGCUCGCAGUGGGAGCCCGACUCCCGCCCCCAGUACUCGCUCUUCAUGGGCCACUGGGGCAAGAAGGUGCACUGCCAGCUCUGCCUCUUCGAGUUCGGCUGCGCCACAGCACUGCACAACUGCCCGCACUGCAGCGCCCCUUUUGACUACGAUGUGUCGAUGUACGACGAGCUGCAGACCUGCAAGCGCUGCAAGAAGCAGUUCGGCUUCCCGUACUACCCGGUGAAUCAACAUUUGAUUGACCAAAUCGCGCUGGAGGAGUGGAGGGAGCGCAAGGACCGUGAAAAGGCGGCGCAGCGCGAAGCGCGGGCACGGGCGCGGCAUGACGACGGCGCUGAGUCGGAGAAGACGCAGCUGCUCGUCGGGACCUGCAUCAUGGACGAGGAGUGUCCGCUGUGCCACGCCCGCGUGAAGAGCAAGCACCGCAACCACGUGUUGGAGUGUCUGGCGAAGUCGCCGGAGGAGCGUGCGGCGGCAGGGAAGAAGCCGAUGAAGGCAAAGCCAAAGGACGCAAAGGCAGUGCAGAAGCCCGCACCGAAGACGAGGAAGGCGGCACCGCAGGCAGGGACAGCGGGAAAAGACGGCGCCAAUGCAGCAGCGCCGAUCGCGGCGAAGAAGGCGGCACCGAAAGCGUCAAAGGCGAAAGCACCGCCGGCGCAGCGCAAGCGGCGACGCGGCGGCAGCGGCAGCGACGACUCCGAGUCUGAGGCUUCGUUGUCGGUGUCGGAAGACGAGGACAUCAGCUCCGAGUCCUCGUUUUCCGACGACGACGACGACGAUGACAGCGACUAG